AUGGCUGACGGCUUAAGGAGGCACGACCUGGGCUUUGGCUCAGAGGACCCGGAAGAGGUUCGUGGUGCCGCGAGCAAGAACAACUCGAUGAAAAGUAUUGCGAAGCAGAGCUCAGAAGCCUCCUGCGCAGACCCAGGCGCAGACCCUUCUGAAAGAUCGAGGAGGCAACGGGCCUCCGUCAUCGCAGGGGACUUUAUCAAAGGAGAAGACAACAACAGUUCAGCGGAGGAAGUGCCAACAGAGAACAAGCGAACGAUAAUUGCGAAGGUGCAAACAUUUUCUUUGUGGUUCGUGACGAACUACUACGUCGGAAACAUUAUGGCUUGCGUCGUCUUGGUUGAUGCCGUUUGUACAUGGGUAGACAUUGAUGCGCGUGCAGCCGGCCUCAGUCAUCCACCGCAGUUCUUCAUGCUGUUCUCCGACAUUAGCUUGGCACUCUACAGCACUGAAGUCUUGCUACUCCUCGUCGGAAAAGGCUUCAUCGGUGUGCUCCUUGAUUGGAUGGCACUUCUCGAUGUGACAAUAGUUCUGUGCGGCUAUUUGGAGGUUCUGCUGAAUGCCGUGGCCCCUGCGGAUGUGACGAGCAGUCUGAGUGUCAUGCGUGCUUUGCGAUUGGCUCGUAUCUUCCGCUUGUUGCGCAUCUUCAAGAGAAUCCGCGCCUUGCGCGAGCUCCAGAAAUUAGUUACGAUGAUGGCUACGUGCCUCCGGACUCUGGUCUGGUCAUUCCUGCUCUGCUUCGUGAUCAUGACGAUCUGGGCCAUGCUUUUGGUAGAAGUGGUGCACCCCAUCAUUCAGGAAAUGGUUGAAGAUGGGCACGAGAUCAUUAGCAAUUGUCCAUACUGCAGGACGUCCACCAGCUCAGUAAUGGAGGCUACCUUGCUACUCUUCAAGACAGUGAUUGCCGGAGAUAGCUGGGGUCAGGUGGCCGUUCCAGUCAUACAGAGGAAUCCAGAGACGGCAGUCAUCUUUGUCCUCUCACAGUUGUCGCUGGUGUUUGGUGUUUUGAACAUCAUCGUGGCAGUCGUUGUCGACACCUUCGCAGAGGCCAGGCAGAAUGACAUAUUGAACCUUGCCGAAGAAAUGGAGCAAGACAUUGAGAAGGAUCGAGAAGCCCUGGGAAAGCUCUUUGCGCGGAUUGACAAGGACGGCAGCGGGCAGCUUUCGCUCGAUGAGCUGAUUCGGGGUGCUCGCCGUGAUCCAGUUUUCCAGAGCCGGCUCAGAGUAAUGGACAUCGACGAGAAUGACCUGCAGCAGCUCUUCAGCAUGAUCGACGUGGACAACAACGGCACGAUCGAAGUGGGAGAAUUUAUUGGGCCCUUGAGCAGAUGGGUUCAUGACUCCAAGACGGCACCCAGGUUCAUCAAGUACAACAUGCUGCAGACGAUGCAGUUGCAAGAAGACCUCUACAGCCUAUCCAAGCACUACUUCGGCCACCUGUCUGAGCGGAUCGAUACCUUGGCAGCGCACUUGAGCAUCCUGCGUGGCGGCGCGCCCUCGUCUCGGCAGUCAUCUGUCAUGCAAUCGUCGUCAUUGGGCAUGGCCAGGUUCCGACAACCUACAGAAAACAACGAUGAGGACAUGAAAAUUGAGCAGCCUCAUUGCUCCAGAAAGGCAGAGACGCUUUGCAUCGGAUACUCCUCCCCGGCUACGUCAGAAGUGACAGUGACAACAACCGAAGCGAUCACUGACUCAUGCGGCGACCAGUUGGGCGAGCUUCGACAAAAGGGCGCUCACACGGAUGGAGCAGUUGAGGCUCUCAUAGAUGCUGCGGUUAUCAAAAUCGAAUUCGGAAUGAUUGAAAUGGAGGGCAGGUUGAAACGAGCACUCGCGGGAAUUCCAGCCGAAGGGCAUGCGCCUCCUGCAAGAACUUCAAACCCCACAGCCUCGCAGGACAUGAAGGCUUUUCGGAAAGAUGACCUCUUCAGGUCCGUGUAUGGAGACCGCGGUAUUCGAACAUCCAGAAAAAUGGUCACAGCUUCAGCAGCCCAAAUGACCUUCGGCGACGGCCCAGCGGCUGCCGCAGCCGUGCGGAGAAAGAAUUCCGGCGAGCUCGGCCUCCAGCACGUAAUGACAGCGAGUUGA